AUGAACAACUCCACCAUCGCUGGGGUAGCAGGUGGCCAAUGCCAGCUCCAUGACCCCAUGCAGUUCAUACUGGUUCCCUCUGUCUACUGCCUUGUCUUGUGUGUGGGGCUGCCAGGCAACGUGGCAGCCUUGCUUGUCUUCCUACAGAGCGGACGGGUGAGGAAGGCAAUCCGCAUCUACCUCAUCAACCUGACCCUGGCAGACAUCUUCUUCAACCUCACCCUGCCAUUUUGGAUCCCCUAUUACCUGGCCGAGGGGCACUGGGAGUUGCCAGAGGCCUUUUGCCGCCUGGCUGGGGCCACUUACUACUUGGCUACCUACAGCGCCAUGGCCUUCAUGACACUCAUCAGCCUGAACCGCUAUUGUACUGUUGCUAAGCUGGAGCUGGCUUUGAACAAGCCCUUGGGAGCACUAGUGGGUUGCUGUGUGGCCUGGCUACUGUGCUUAGCUUGUGCCGUUCCCUCCUUGGUGACCCAGCAGACCUACCGGGUGGAAAUGAUCAGCAUGAAAUGCUUUGAACAACACUCGGGGCAGAGAAGUUAUGCCUGCGCCAUGGUUGUUUUGUUUGCAGCCUCCUUUUUAGUUGUGUUAGGGGCCUACAUGUCCAUCAUGAGAUCUCUCUCGGAUGCAGCUGGUGCCUGUCGAGGUGGACACCGCCGGCGGGCACGGGCCAUGGUCCUGGGCAUGCUGCUGGUGUUUGUGGUCUGUGUGGCACCCUAUCACCUUUCUUUGGUUCCCUGGGUGGCUGAUCGGAUGGCUGGCAAUUUCUGCAGCCCUCCAUCAUUCCUGGACAACCUCCACAUGCUUAGCUUGGCUCUGUUGAGCCUCAACAGCUGCAUUGAUCCACUCAUCUAUUGCUUCUCCAUCAAACGCUUCCGGACCGAUUUGUGGAUGAUGGUGCGGAAGGUCACACGAUGCCUCCCACUUCCCUCGCCGCCAUCACCACCACCACUACCGCCACCAAUGGAAAAUAGAUUUCCACCCAAUAUCAGGUCAUCUUCCUUAACCUCUUCUUAGCAGGGGCAAAGGUGGUAUCCAGAUCCAACCUCCUUCAGAUGGUGUUAUCUCAACCUUGUUUUCCAUCUGUUUUGGACCCAAUGCUUUUGAGUGGGAUAUUACCUGCACACAGAAAGACCUCUUCUGACCAGAUAGUGCUAUUGCAAAUACCAACCAUUUUGGAUUUCCAGUUAAGAACCCU